AUGAGAAAUGUUUCUGCGAGCGAAGACGAGAGACUGCCCAAUAAAUGUGAAGUGUGUAAGUUCCUGACAGUGGAGCUGCAGGAAGCUCUGGAGAAGACGGAGCGCUCCAAAGAAGUGCUGGAGCUGGGAGAGGUGCUGGACACGGGGAAACGCCGGAGGAAAAUUAAAUACAACACAUCUGAAACUCGACUGGCAGACGCAUUGGACGACAUCUGUCAGGGCAUUCUGCAGUAUAAUGUUCAUGCAGAGCGGCCGGGCAGCCUUCGAUAUGCAAAGGGGGCGAGUCAAACCAUGACCACCCUGAAAAACCUUGUGCAUAAAGGUGUAAAGGUCGACCUGGGGAUGCCUUUUGAGCUGUGGGACGAGCCGUCUGUGGAGGUGUCAGACAUGAAGAAACAGUGCGAGACGAUGCUGGAGGAGUUUGAGGAGGUGGUGGAGGACUGGUACUUUCAUCAUCAGGAUCAAAGACUGGAAAACUUUCUCUGUCUGAACCAUGCGCUGAAAUCCACAGACCAAGAAUGUCUCUCGGAGGUUUGGAAAGGAGACAUGGGGACUAAAGGAAGUGUCAGGGGCUCCCCACCACAGCAACAAAACCUCCAGCGUCUGCACGAGUGGAUCCUCAGCGCGCUCUCACGUCUCACUGAAGAUUACCAACGUCUAAAAGAACCUCCGGACAUGUUCCAAUGA